CCUCUUCCCCCAUUCUUCACUUUCCCCUCUUGUCAAACUCUGCAAGACUCCAAAACUCUCCCAAUUCUACACCUCCCCCGCCCUCCGGCCCCCCUUUCAUCACCACCGCCACCAUCAAAAAAUGGGGAAAGGCUCUGCCUUGUCGAACGGAGUAGUGAAGAAGAUCAUCCUUUCCUAUACCUAUGUAGCAAUCUGGAUCUUCCUCUCCUUCACUGUUAUUGUUUACAACAAAUACAUUCUUGACCGCAAGCUCUAUGGCUGGCCCUUUCCCAUCUCUCUAACAAUGAUCCAUAUGUCCUUUUGCUCAUCUUUAGCUUUCCUCCUUGUUCGUGUUUUCAAAGUUGUUGAGCCUGUUUCCAUAUCUCGUAAUGUUUACCUCACUUGCAUACUUCCCAUUGGUGCACUUUACUCCGUUUCCCUUUGGCUCUCAAACUCUGCUUACAUUUACCUUUCUGUUUCCUUCAUACAAAUGCUCAAAGCCCUUAUGCCUGUUGCUGUUUAUACCAUCGGGAUCUUGUUCAAAAAGGACACUUUUAACAACUCCACCAUGGGUAACAUGAUGGCAAUUUCAGUUGGUGUUGCUAUUGCUGCUUAUGGUGAAGCAAAGUAUGAUUCUUGGGGUGUUCUUCUUCAGUUGCUUGCUGUUUUAUUUGAGGCUACUAGGCUGGUUAUGAUCCAGAUCUUGUUGACUUCAAAGGGUAUUAGUUUUAAUCCAAUUACUUCUCUCUACUAUGUUGCUCCUAGCUGCUUGGUUUUCUUGUCAAUUCCUUGGAUUUUUGUGGAGCUUCCAAUUUUGAGACAGAGCUCGAGUUUUCAGUUUGAUUUUGCUAUUUUUGGGACUAAUUCAUUGUGUGCCUUCGCCUUGAACUUGGCUGUGUUCCUCUUGGUGGGAAAGACUUCAGCUUUGACUAUGAAUGUUGCUGGGGUUGUCAAAGAUUGGCUUCUUAUUGCAUUUUCUUGGUCAGUCAUUAAGGACACUGUGACUCCAGUGAAUCUAAUUGGUUAUGGAUUGGCUUUCUUGGGAGUUGCAUACUAUAAUCAUAAGAAGUUACAGGCAUUGAAGGCAAAGGAAGCACAGAUGAAAGCUCAGCAAGCUGAUGAAGAAGCAGGGAGAUUGUUGACUGAGAGAGACUCUAAUGGAUCAAUUGAUGGAAAGAAGGGUGAUUCACAGGCCUAAUUGAAUCUGAGACAAAAGGGUAUCAAAUAAAUCUUAUGAACACGAGGGUGAGAAGCAUUAGAUUUGGGGUUUUUCUUCAAGUUGACUUGUGCUUUUCAAAUGGAUCUUGGUGUGUCUGUGGAUGAUCUAUUACUGUUCUUGGGGAUAGAUCAUUUCCAUUUCAUACCUAAGGUUGUUUAGGAUAUCCACAUUUCUUUGUUUACACUGCAGAUUCAAUUUAUGUAUCUUAUUACUAGUAGAUUUAAGAUCUCAGAUACCCUUCCUUAUA